CCCCCUUCUCAUCUGCAGUUUUAAAAGUAAUCAGCCUAAAAUAAUCCUCAUCAGAAAUAGUGGGUCACAGUCACUGUAAGGAAGAAAGAAAACUCUCCUGGAAAAUGAAGAAGAGACAUGUUCUUUCAGACAUCAGGAGGAUAUGAUACAAAAGUCGUGAGAACUGAAAUCCCCAAGCCAGACUGGAAAAGAGGAAAUUAUGAAAUAAAAAAGGUUGUUAAGACGGAAAAGAGAGAAAAUGGUGCAGUUUGGGGAGCAGUUAAGAGGUUACCAAAGAACUCUCCUCUCCUCCCUGACACAUUCCACCUUCAAUUUAACAGGAGUGUCACACCUGUGUGUGAAGAGGGCAGAGGCCAUUGUGGAGGAAACAAUCACAGAAGAAAAGGCUUUUACACCUUUGCUGCAGAAGAUGAGAAAGAGCCCUUCAUGAGAAAUUUCAAUUCUGUCUCCACUGACCUUCGUUUCCUCUGCUGAAAGGUAAACAAAUCGCUGCCCCAGUGCCAGAGACAGUACCCAGGAUGGAAAGACCUCUGCUGUCCUUCACUCUCCUCUCUCCCUUACUGCUGGGCUUGAUGAGCCUCGGCAGGAUGAGCUGGGCAUGGACUGCUCCUGAUUGCACCAUAGCAGACAGCUCCCUAUUGCCUAACAUUUCCUACUACAUCCCAUUCUGUUCCUUGGCCCCGGGACUGCACCUUUUUGCAUCAUGCUCCAAUGUUAAAGACCUGGCUCAGACCCUAACAGCAGUGCCCCGAGAUAUAGAGGCACUUUGCCUCCAGGGCACAGUUCCUUUCCUGCCAGCUGAUGCCUUUGGACACUUCACCACACUACAACUUCUGAGGCUGCAGCUGGGCACCAUCAGCAUUACAUCUGGGACAUUUCAAGGACUGAAUCAGCUGCAGCACCUUUCCUUUGAGCAUCACGCUCCCUGUUGCCUGAGCCUGUUCCUCCCUCCAGAUGCUCUGGAGCACCUCAGACUCCUCAACACCCUUUCCUUCCAUGGCUACUGCCUGAAUUAUAGCCAGAACAUCCAGUUGCCCAUCAGCCUUAGGCAUCUAACCGUGAGGCACAGCUGUCUGAUAGAAUUGCGGGAACUGCAAGGGCUCUUCCCAAACCUUGUCCCUGGUUCCUCUCCUACAACCAGCCCCAGCCCAUGGACCUCCUUCCUGGAGGAGCUGGACCUGUCUGCCAACCUACAGCUGAGCCAGGUGGGCAAUAGAGCUCUGGAUGGCCUCCAGCUCCGUUCCCUGAGAUUGGAUGGCACCCCACUAAGCGCAUUAGACCUCCUAGGCUCAGGACUGCUCCACUUGGACUCCCUCUCCCUUGAGGGAACAAGGACAGAAAGACUGCCUGGGAAUGUGACACGCUACUUUGAGCUUGUUGCUCUUGACCUUGGAAGGAACCAAAUCCAGAACCUAGAGGAUGAGGAUCUCCUAAGCUGCCAGUCCCUGGAAUUCCUCAGCCUUCAUGCCAAUGGCCUGCAGUUACUUCCAUCCAGGUUCCUGAAUGACCUGCCCCAGCUUCAGAGGCUCAAUCUGUCAAUGAAUAAACUGGGCCCAACUUUGGUGCUCCCAGAAGGGCUGGUCAGCUCAAAUCUGAGAGUGUUAGAUCUGUCCCACAAUGAGCUCUGUGUUCUGCCCUAUAGGGCCUUCUCCUCUCUUCCUCAACUCCAGGAGCUCCGGCUGAGUGGUAACAACAUUUCCAACUUAUCCAGCGAAAGCCUGGAGGGACUGAGGUGGCUGAAGACCCUAGACCUGAGUUGGAACCAAAUUAAAACGCUGAAGCCAGGCUGGCUCUCCUCUCUUCCUGCUCUCACCUCACUGAACCUCCUGGGCACCCACUUGGAGCAUAUCUCAGGCAAGCAGCUCCAGGGUCCCCAGAAGCUGAGCCACCUGCAGCUGGGUUCUCUUGAGAUGCUGGAGAUCUAUCCUCCCUGGCCUCCAGCACUGCUCAGCUUGGAGGUACGGGCAGAUGUUUACAUCCAGUUUGGAGUCCCCAGUGGAGAACCCUUCUUGUUCUUGGAGAACCUUACCUUACAAACUUCCAAUAUGUUGCUGCAAUUGGACAACAACACAAUCCACUUCCCUUCCCUACGUCACCUCACUCUGCGAGGCUGCAGCCCCUAUAUUUUGUCUGGCCAUCAAUCCCACAGAUUCUUCCCACAGCUCCCUCUCCUGGAGCACUUGCACUUCUGGUCUGAUCAUGAGGGUGCAGACGAUCUGCAUCUAUUUGGGAUGCCCAGCCUGCGAGUGCUGGAGCUGGGGGACUUGGAUUUCCUCUGUCAGCCAACAUCAGUGAAGUUGGAGAAGCUACUGAAGGAGCUGCCUCAGUUACAGGUUCUGGUAUUGAGCAACCUGAACCUUGGGAACCUCUCUGCCUCCAGCUUCAGGGGCUUGGGGCCCCUUCGGCUGCUGCUGCUCAAUUCUGAAUGGGCUCUGGGGCUGGACAGCAGCCUCCAGGAACUAAUUCCCCAGAUGCCUCAAUACGUUUAUUUCUCAGAUAUCACCUUCACUUGCCAGUGCGAAAGCUCUUGGGUGGGGCCUUGGGCAACACAAGCCCCAAACACUUUUGUGUACGGACUGGAGAAGUCCAUCUGCAUGGCCAAUGCCUCUGACUACUCCAAGACGCCAUUGCUCUCCUUCCUUUCUGGUCACUGCUCACAUGAUCCUGAGUUUCAGAGCUUUCUAACCAGUUUCACUCUGGUGUUCCUGCUGAUCUUCCUUUCAUUGCUUGGCUGUCCCAAAUGGCCCUGGCUUCAUUACCUCCAGACCCUAUUUCAUGCCUGGUGGUGGAAAUUGGGCGGGUGGCGCCCCAGAAACCAAUUCCACUAUGAUGUCUUUAUAUCCUAUUGUGAGCAGGACCGAGCCUGGGUGCUGAAAGAACUGGUUCCUGCUCUAGAGAAGCCUCUUCCAGUUGGUGAGGGUUUGAGGCUAUGCCUGCCUGAGAGGGACUUUGGGGUUGGGCAGGACAGGAUGGAUGCUAUGGUUGCCAGCAUGGAAAGCAGUAGAGCCACCCUCUGUGUGCUCAGCUGCCAGGCCCUGGGAAGUCCCUGGUGCAAUCUGGAGUUAAGGCUUGCCACCUACCACUUGAUGGCCAAGCCUGGGACUGCUCGCCUCCUGCUGCUGUUUCUGGAACCUAUUGAUCGGCGGCAGCUUCACAGCUAUCACCGCCUUGCCCGGUGGCUGCAGAAGGAGGACUACUUCGAUGUAUCCCAAGGAAGGAUUGAGUGGGAUGCCUUCUCUGAGAAACUCCGGAAAAGGUUAAGGAAAGCUGGGCAAGAGAGAGAGGAUUAGGAGUUGUGGAAGAGAGAUUCAGACAUGCAGGAAUAACUCCCAGCAGGGCCCUGGAUGCCAUCCCAUCACUGGAAGACAGGCUCAGAAAGGCAGUCUGUAGGCAAUGCUUAGCUCAAGUCCGUUUUCCACACUAAAAAUGAUAGAUGCAGACAACAAAUCUCAAUGGGGUAACAUAUUAGAAAGCACUUGGAAACAAGGCAUUCAUUCACUAAAACAGUUCUGAUACCUACUAGUCCUCUCAACACAAGGCAUCCCCUAAAAAAGAAUACACAAAAAUGUUUUCUAGAAUUAUGUCUGCAUUUUUUGUAAUGAAUUCAUUCUGCCUGACGAAAGCAAUGUAUUUAUUUUUGGUAAAAAAAUCUACUUUAUUCUAGUGGAAUGGAGCCAGAAUCAAUGAGCUAUUUUUCUGUGCUCUGAAGCUAGAUUGAAACCAUGUUUGCAAUUCACCGGAGGUCCAAAAAGUCAAAGAACUUCCCUAACUCAUGAGGCUCUCACAAUAACAGUAUACAUGGCGAGAACAAUAGUUUUGAUCCUAUAUUACCCAUGGAGACCUAAGCACAUAAAAGUUAAGUGCUUUGCCACCCUGCCACAGCUAGUGUAUCAUAAAGUUUAGAUCAAUCCAGUACUGUAUGCUCUCCACUCUACUGUCUUCCAGGUAUCUCUAACCGGUGACAACUUACCUUGCUACAAAGUUAAAAUAGGCAAACUUGUGGCAAACGUCUUAAAAAUACUCACAUGUGAUCUAUUUCCAAGAAUUUUUUAUAAGGAAAUAAAAAUCACAGAUUCCCACAAAAUUUGAAUAAAAUAAUAAGUGCCCCCAAACAGAAAGAUAGUUAAGGUCCAUUGAUAAAUAUGGAAUAUCUGCACCCAUUAAGAAUCAUGCUUCAGGGAAAUAUUUAGUGGUAUGGGAAAAGACUCAUCAUACAAUAUAAACAAAGAUAUUGACAAACUGUAUGUAGCCUGACUCUAAUUUUGAAAAAGUUCCAUAUCUAUCUAAUCUAUGAAAUAUGAAGAGAGAGAAGACUAGAAAUGGCCCUAGAAAUGAGAUUGUAGAUGAUUUAAACUUCUUCUAUUUUUCUGUAUUAUUCAUUUUUUCUAAAAUAAGCAUGUAUUACUUUCAAAAAAAAUAAAUUCUGUUUCAAAACUAAACACCUCUCCUGUAGACCAGUUUAAGUAAUUUUCUACUUUAUGGUGGCACAAUGGGAGCUUUAGAGAAAGCAUGAAUGCUGAAAUCUGGAUAAACACAGGAAAAAGAGGAAAAAGCCAUCACAAACUUUCAAAGAUCAUCUGUUAUGUAAAUGAGCCAAAGAUAGCUUCUGUAUAGGUUGCUUACUUCUUCACAGCAGGCUGAAUGUUGUUAGCUCAAAAGCCUACAGGUGUCAAAAUUUUUACAUAUCCAAUUGUUUUAGAGAUAGUCCCAAUAAGCAGAUUUUUAAUCUGCUUUACAGACCUCAGGAAAUUAUGUCUAACAUCUGCUACCCAUAGAUAAGACAGACUCCAAGAUAAUACUACCCUUCGGAACUCUCUAACGUAGCACGUCCUCACCCUCAGGCUGACUUCACCUAGAAAGGUAAGCCAUCUCUCUGAUCCCCCUCUUUCUCCUGGGAGUUCCUUAGUCCUCCUCCCCUUCUGAGCAGUGGCGCCCCCUCGCCUAUAGUCUCUGGAAGGUCUCAUGCUGUGAGGGAUUUCCCCUGAAUACAAAUCUGUCAAAACAGUGUCCCCAAAUAAAACUUGUGUGUGCCAUUCCCACCUCAUGGUCAUAUUUUCCCUUGUUUAGCCCCAAAAUCCUCUGAACCCUCUAAACAAACCUUGAAGAAUCAUCUUUGACCAAACUAAGGAUCUACUCAUAUGUUAGCUCAGAGAUUGAGAGAUUUCUACACACAUUUUUCAGAAAAAAAUACCAAUUUCUUCAAUUAAUAGAGUUGGACUAUUUGUAGUCCAUUGGCAUAACUUUGGGACUUUGCUGAGCAAGGCACAGUCUAGAAUUCUCUUUUUAUUUUCCCUUCAUCUAUUGUCAACUAACGAUCCUUGGAAAAUACUAUUCAUUUUUAUCAGUGUUAAUGAAAUCCUCAAAUUCUCAUUAACUUUUUUUCCAUUACAGUUUUUUAUAUCAUUGAAGUUACCUGGAGAGGUUUUCUUCUUUUCUUGAUACAUCUGAGAUGCAUAUCAUGGAAUUUCAGGACUGAAAGAAAUUAACUUCUGAUGCUUAAAUCCCCUCUACCACUUUCUCAGCCUGUAUUGGACAAAAUCCUUGACAGAAAGCAAUCUUCUGAAGCAGCUUAUCCCAUCACUGGAGAGGUUUCUCUGGAAGAAAGUUAUUCUCCAUGUUGAAUUACAAUAUGUCUCCCUGUAACUUUUGACUAUUAUUUUUAACUCUGUGCUUUGGGGGUUAAAUAGGGCAAACUGAAUUUCUCUGUUAAGUGAUUACCCUUCCUUUGUUCCCAUAGAGUCUUUCGUUCUCCAAUUUAAAUAUCUCAGCUCCAUCCACUGUUACUCAUUUUUCAUACUUUUAAGCCCUUCUAAGUUGCAUCCUGCAAAUUCACUGCAGUUUGCCCAUGUACCUCUUCAAUUAUGAGACCCAAAACUUAUGAAGGUCUCUAUAUCUGAUCUUCAUAAAAUAAAACAGGAUUAGAUCACUACGUCCAUUUAUAAAUUCUAAAGUCACAUUUUUAGCUGUGGUAGUCAUAAUGUUGAUUUAAAAGUUUAAUUUACUUUUCUCUGGCUGAACUGAGAUUGAAAGGACAAAUUCACAGAACAAGUGGCGCAAUAGUUUACAGUCAAUGGAACAGUUGUGUAGGGACCUGGAAUUGGCCACCCCAAGAUAUGUCUCUUUGGCAUCAGG